AUGGGUAGUAAAUACAGUCCCUUACACAUAUUUUUCUUCCCCUUCAUGGAUCAUGGCCAUAUGAUACCUAUGAUUGACAUGGCCAAACUAUUUGCAGCAGAGGGUGUUAAGGCCACCAUAAUCACCACAACCCUCAAUGCACCUUUCAUUUCCAAAGCUAUAGAAAAAAUGCAAUAUAAUCAAAGCCAAGAGAUCGAAAUCUAUGCCAUCAAGUUCCCAAGCACUGAGCUUGGUUUACCUGAAGGAUGCGAACAUGCUGACUCAAUCCCUCCAGAUUUAUUUUCUACCUUCAUUAAGGCUACUCGGUUCCUACAAGUGCCCUUUGAGCAACUAUUGCAUUAUGAACAGCCAAAUGGUGUUGUUUCUGAUAUGUUUUUCCCAUGGACAAGUGAUUCUGCCGCCAAGUAUGAAAUUCCUACGAUUAUGUUUCAUGGGACUAAUUUCUUCUCCUUGUGUGCCACCGAAGUAAUGAGACUCUAUGAGCCUUAUAAUAAUACUUCUUCAGACUCAGAGUUAUUCGUUAUUCCUAAUUUCCCUGGUGAAAUUAAAAUGACAAGGUCGCAAGUGGGAGAUUUCUUCAGGAAAGAUGACUUGCACUUCGUCAAAUUUUGGAAAGAAGUGAAGGAGUCAGUGGAGAAAAGUUAUGGGGUGGUUGUUAAUAGCUUCUACGAGCUCGAGCAUGUGUAUGCAGAUUAUUAUAGGAACGUACUAAAAAGAAGAGAAUGGCAUAUUGGUUCUUUGUCUCUUUGCAAUAGGAAUUUAGAGGAGAAGGCAUAUAGAGGAAAAGAAGCAUCUAUUGAUGAGUAUGAGUGCUUAAAGUGGUUGAACACGAAAAGAGAUAAUUCAGUUGUUUACGUGUGCUUUGGAAGUAUGACAACCUUUCCUGAUUCUCAGCUUCAAGAGAUUGCUAUUGGACUUGAGGAGUCAAGACAACAAUUCAUUUGGGUUGUGGGGAAAAGAAAAGAAGAUGGAGAAGAAUGGUUACCUGAAGGAUUUGAGAAAAGAAUGGAAGGUAAGGGACUAAUCAUAAGAGGUUGAGCACCUCAAGUGUUAAUUCUUGAACAUGAAGCAAUAGGGGCAUUUGUGACUCAUUGUGGAUGGAAUUCAACAUUGGAAGGUGUGGCUGCUGGGGUGCCUAUGGUUACUUGGCCAGUGGGUGCUGAGCAAUUUUACAAUGAGAAAUUGGUGACUGAGGUACUUAAAAUUGGGGUACCUGUUGGAGUUAAAAGGUGGAGUCACUUUGUGGGGGAAGGCAUUACAUGGGAUGCAAUAAAGAAGGCUGUGAAAAUGGUAAUGGUAGAGGAAGAAGCAGAGGAGAGAAACAAAGCAAAAUUGUUUGCACUAAUGGCAAAACAAGCUGUGGAACAAGGAGGAUCCUCUUACUCAAAUUUGAAUGCUUUAAUUGAAGAGUUGGGCUCCCUCGCCCUUUAA